AUUAACGUAAAAAAAAAAAAAUGAAAACUUUGCCCAACCAAACCAACAAAGCAUUGAAAGCAAAGUCACCACUCCUGAAUCUGUGGCCACCCAGAUUGAGAAGAAUGGCCAAUACAACAACUAAAGUACUACAACACAACACAAUCUCAUCACUCUUUCUAGAAAACCCUGUUCUUGACAACACAUCUUCCUCAUAACCCUCAAACACACAUCAUUAACAAAAAUUCCCAUCACUUUGAAUCCUCUCUCUCUCUCUCUUGUGCUCCUUGGUUUGGAGCAGUUUCUUUAAACUAAACCUUCUCUUGAAUCUGAAGUUACCCAAAACUUGCCUUUCAAGUGUGUUCAGUUUCUUAUAUUGGUGUAUUUAAUUUUGGAGUGACAAGAUCUUGGCUUGGGAACAGUAAAAGAAAGCAGAAAGAGCGAGUUUGCAUUUAAGUCUCUACAGGUGAAAUCUGAGGUGUGGAUUUUUCUUCUUUUUUGAGUUAAAAUUCCAAUAUAGGUAGGUUACUUGUAAAGAGACUGAAGAUUGACUUAUUGUGAAGUUUUUCCUCCGCCUUUUGCGCCUUAAAUAAAAAUUGUUCCUUUAUGAUUUGGUAGUAAUAAUCAGAUCUGAGCCUGUUAUCUAGAGGUGGGUCCCAGCUCCCCUAACCAAAAACCACUGUCAAUUUGUCAUAUCAUAUGUUACUUAUUUAGCUCCCAAAUCUUUGGCAUUGGGUGUGGAUUGAUGUCUAUUUAGGAUAAGCAUCUAUGUUUGAAAAUUAUGUUCUAUCCUGCAGAAAAGAUGGACCCUUUUCUGCUUAUGUGGUAACUAUACUUGUUAAGAAGGUGGAUUUGGUUCUGUUUCUGAAUCAUUGUAACUAUACUUGUCUAAAGAUUUGUGGUGGGUUCUUGCAGAUUUGGGUUUAAACUCAUCUGCAGGAACUGAGCACAGGUAGAGAUCUUGGUUUUUGCCCUUGAAGUGAAAGGGUUUUGAAGUUUGAUUUUUGGUUUAGCUGUGCCACAAGAGUAUGAGGAAAAAUGUCGGUUCUCAUUCAGGAAGGAUGUUUAGUGAUAGGAAGUGGAUUCUCCCCUUUUUUGCAAGUUUGAUUAUAUCUAUGAGUCUAGUUCUGACAGCCAUUCUUGGAUUACUUAGUUCUGAUGGCGGGGGAGAACAGUCACCGUUUGAAAUCAUUUCCUUCAAGAGAUCAGAGGAUUCAAGUGGAUAUUUUGUGGAAUCAGAUAUACAAAGGUCCUUAAAUGUUAGUGUGGUGAAGAGGGAGGCACCGAGGUUUGCAUAUCUUAUUUCAGGCACCAAGGGUGAUAGCCGUAGGAUGAUGAGAACACUAGAAGCUGUGUACCACCCAAGGAAUCAAUACAUCUUGCAUUUAGAUCUUGAGGCGCCGCCACGGGAAAGGUUGGAAUUGGCAAAUGCAGUGAAAGCUGAUCCAAUAUUUCGUGAGGUGGAGAAUGUGCGUGUUAUGUCUCAAUCAAAUUUGGUAACUUAUAAGGGUCCUACAAUGAUUGCUUGUACCCUCCAAGCUAUUGCAAUAUUAUUGAAGGAAAGUUCAGAGUGGGACUGGUUUAUUAACCUCAGUGCCUCAGAUUAUCCUCUUAUGACACAGGAUGAUUUGCUUCAUGUUUUCUCAAAUCUGUCAAGAAAUAUCAAUUUCAUUGAACACACACGCAUUGCUGGUUGGAAACUGAACCAAAGAGCAAGACCCAUCAUUAUUGACCCUGCUCUUUACUUAUCAAAGAAAUCUGAUUUAGCAUUGACUACUCAACGAAGAACACUUCCGACGUCUUUUAAACUGUUUACUGGCUCAGCUUGGGUUGUACUGACUCGGUCCUUUGUGGAGUAUUGUAUAUGGGGAUGGGAUAACUUUCCACGGACUAUGCUAAUGUAUUACACAAAUUUUAUCUCCUCGCCAGAGGGAUAUUUUCACACUGUCGUUUGUAACACUGAGGAAUUCCGUCACACGGCGGUAAACCAUGAUCUUCACUACAUUGCUUGGGACACUCCUCCAAAGCAGCAUCCCAUCUCUUUAACUAUGAAGGACUUUGACAAAAUGGUUAAAAGCAAGGCACUCUUCGCGCGCAAAUUUGCAAAGGAGGAUCCUGUGCUAGACAAGAUUGACAAAGAACUUCUGGGGCGCACACAUAGAUUUUCACCUGGUGCAUGGUGUGAUGGGAACACAGAUGGUGGGGCAGACCCUUGUUCUGUUCGUGGCAAUGAUACAAUGUUUAGGUCAGGACCUGGUGCUGAGAGGCUACGUGAGCUGCUUCAGGUGCUGUUAUCUAAAGAAUCUCUAAGCAAGCAGUGUUUGUGACAAAGGGGUACCCUCCAAGUAGGAUGAAUGAUGUCAAGUGUACAUAAGUGUGGUUAUAGAUCAUAUAUAUCUGAUGUAAAAGGUCUGAAUUUUGUGUUCAAUAUAGGUUCUCAUAUUAACAAUCAACAAGCACUCACACCAGCAGUUUUGGUGCUUGUUUCGGUCUAGGCACGCUUUUGGUUGCACUGCCGGGCAACCAUUUAUGCAAUUGCAACACUUUUUGUUGAGUUACAAAAAAAGGCAAUUAAAUUUCACAUUGGACUUUUGGUUGGUUAUC